UGCGUCAUCACCGCGAGCGCCGGCGGCGGCGGAGGGGGGAGAGACCCGGGUCAGGCCGGGGCCGCGCAGCACUACCGGGAACCGGGGCCGCUGCGCUCCGCUCCGGUUCCCGGCUUCUCGCCGGGCCGAGCGGGGCCGAGCUGAGCUGAAGAGGGGCGGGCACCGGCGAUACAACCGGCGGGGCGAGCGCGGGGGCCGCACGCCGACCCCCGCCGCGGGGCUCCAGGGAUCCGGGAGCGGCGGGCGGCCGUCGGGGAUGUCCUACAAGCCCAUCGCUCCCGCCCCCGCUACCCCCGGAGCCGCCAGCGCCAGCCCCGCCCCGCCGGGGCCCGGGGCACCGUCCGCCGCCACGAGUGUCCCGUCGCCCUCCGGUUCCGUCCCUGGCGCCGCCGCCCCUUUCCGGCCGCUCUUCAAUGACUUCGGGCCGCCGUCCAUGGGCUACGUGCAGGCCAUGAAGCCCCCCGGGGCGCAGGGCUCGCAGAGCACCUACACGGACCUGCUCUCGGUCAUCGAGGAGAUGGGGAAGGAGAUCCGGCCCACCUACGCCGGCAGCAAGAGCGCCAUGGAGCGGCUGAAGCGGGGGAUCAUCCACGCCCGGGCGCUGGUCAGGGAGUGCCUGGCAGAGACAGAGCGAAACGCCCGCACGUAACGGCAGCUGCCACCCGGGAGCCCCCGGGACCUCCCGGUGGUGGCGGCGGGAGCGGGGGGGCCGCCGUGCUGCCGGAGCCCUCCCUCCCCGCGCUCUCCGCUCUUUAUAAAUGCGUGUUUUUAUAAAUAAAGGACAAUGUUGG